AAGCUUAGUUGAGAAAAAUUGGCUUGUGCUGUGAGGAUCUUGCAGAUAUAUAGCCUUGGUCCUCCUUCCAUCCAUCUCUUCUCAUCAACUCACAGCCUCAUCUCAUCACUUCCAAGUCCUCCAAUCGUUAGACUUCACUCGUUCAAAAUGCAUUCUCUCGCUGCAUACACUCUUUUGGCUUCUGCCUCUCUUGCUGUUGCCAUUGAUCCCCGCUUUGAGUUCCCCGACACUGUCCCCCUCGUCAAGCGUCAGCAGCCUGGUACCCCUCAGUACGCCUGCCACGAAGACUGCGGCCUCUUGAUCACUCUUGCUCGUGAUGAUGACGGCUAUUGCGAUAGCGAUGAGUGGAACGAGCGCUACGGCCGCUGCAUGUCGUGCGCCAACACCUACGGCAUCUGGAAGUACUAUGGCAGCGGCGUAGACCGAGUCGCCCAGGAGUGCGGUCUUACCCCGAAGCCCAGCCCCUCUGGCGCCUCUGGUGCAGCUUCUACCACCGCUGAAGCUAAGCCUUCUUCCACCGCUGCUGAGGCCAAGCCCUCGACUACUGCUGUUGAGAAGCCUGCUACCACUAAGGUCGAGGAGGCUGAGACUACCAAGGCUGAGGAGCAGGCUACUGCUACUGAAGAAGCCGAGGUGGAGGCUGCCUCUGAGCAUGCGCAUGAGGAGUCUGAGCAUGCUCACAGUUCCACUGAGGCUGGGCACUCUGAGGCUCAUGAGCAUACUACUCUUGCUACCCACGCUGCUGAGACAACUCAUGCUGCCAAUCCUACCAAGACUCACGAGACUGGUCACACUUCUGUUGAUGAGAUUGGAACUGUUGGUGUUACUGCUACAUCUACUCCUCCCCCCUCAACUGUCAUCGUCAACGGGGCUGCCAAGCAGGUUGGUUUCUCCACUGCUAUGGCUGUCGUCGCCCUGGCCAUGUUCGGUCUCUACUAGGCAAUUAGCUCCUAAAAAGUGCUUGGGGAAUUGUUUUCAGACGGAUGGAAAUGAGUGCAUGAGUAAUGGACUUAUGCUGUACAAGUAGGAGGAUCUAGGGUGUUUUCACUUCUAUAGAUAAUUUUAAUUGAUCAUUUAAUACUUUGAAACUUAAUACUUUGC